GACUCGCCACCAUUUGGGGAAUAAAACAGUUGGUCUCCAGUUGCAGCUCUCGUUUCAGACCGCUGGUGGAUCGUUCGCUCUGAGCAAGAUGAGGAAAACAUCCAAAGAGCCCGCAGUUACCUUCAUCGAUCCUAAUGUUUAUAUGUCUGCUGAUGAGAUUGAGGAAGAAGACGACUACAUUAACACAGACGAAUGCACCGUGGACAACAUGCCGCCCACUUCAGAUAAGAAGAUUCCUCCCUUGGCUCAGUCUUUUUCACCAGUAGCAGCGUGUUGGGGGAUCCUGUUGAUCAUCAUGGCUCUGCGUAUCCACUUUACCUCUGUCAUUUCCACCAAGCUGAGCGAGCAACUGAACUAUUCAGAGGAAGCUGACGAAUACAUCAAACAUGUCUCCAACCUGUCCUCAACCAAUGACAGCUUGGAGAGGGACCCCGGCAAUAUGAAAGAUCAGAUAGACAAGAUGGCGCGAGCUUAUACUGUCUUACAGAAAAAGAUCACAACCCUGAGUGGAGAAAACAAGCACCUGACAGCAGAAAACCAGCAGGUGAAGCAGGAAAACCAGCAGGUGAAGAUGGAAAACCAGCAGGUGAAGAUGGAAAACCAGCAGGUGAAGACGGAAAACCAGCAGGUGAAGACAGAAAAUGAGCAGGUGAAGACAGAAAAUGAGCAGGUGAAGACAGAAAAUGAGCAGGUGAAGGCGGAAAUCCAGCAAGUGAAGACUGAAAACCAGCAGGUGAAGACAGAAAACCAGCAGGUGAAGACAGAAAACCAGCAGGUGAAGACAGAAAACCAGCAGGUGAAGACGGAAAAUGAGCAGGUGAAGGCGGAAAUCCAGCAAGUGAAGACGGAAAACCAGCAGGUGAAAGCAGAAAUCCAGCAGGUGAAGACAGAAAACCAGCAGGUGAAGACAGAAAACCAGCAGGUGAAGGCGGAAAACAAGCAAGUGAAGACAGAAAACCAGGAGGUGAAGGCGGAAAACAAGCAAGUGAAGACGGAAAACCAGGAGGUGAAAGCAGAAAUCCAGCAGGUGAAGGCGGAAAACCUGCAGGUGAGGUCAGAAAUCCAGCAGGUGAGGGCAGAAAAUCAGCAAGUGAAGGCGGAAAUCCAGCAGGUGAGGGCAGAGAACCAGCAGGUGAGGGCAGAAAACCAGCAGGUGAAGGUGGAAAUCCAGCAGGUGAAGGUGGAAAUCCAGCAGGUGAAGACUGAAAACCAGCAGGUGAAGACGGAAAACCAGCAGGUGAAGAUUGAAAACCAGCAGGUGAAGACUGAAAACCAGCAGGUGAAGACUGAAAACCAGCAGGUGAAGACUGAAAACCAGCAGGUGAAGACAGAAAUGAAGCAGAUGAAGACAGAAAUGAAGCAGAUGGCGGCGGACAUCAAGAGGCUGAAUUUGUUGUUGGAGGGGUUCCGAUCUACAACACAGGUUCCAGUAACGAUGACAUCAUCAUAUGGAUACUGGCGUUGAAUGAGGUUGACAGUGAAGUCACCUGGUUGGAUCUGUUAGAACGACUCUUGUUGUCAUAAUUACUAUUGUCUCCCAGUCUCUCUGUCAGACAGACCAGGUGUUCAUAAAUACAGUUAAAUGUCAUAUUCUAUCAGAGAAGCUGUAUGUAUAUGGUUUUCAUGACACAUAUGAAAAAAGACGGACUACUCUGUGGGGUUCCUCAGGGGUCCGAUCUCAGACCAUUAUUAUUCCUUCCCUAUGUUAUUAAUUUGUCUAAAUGUCUCAAAUCUACGAUAUAUAUCACAACUCUGUAGCUUUCACUCGCUCAGUGUUCACUGAUAAGGAUGCUAAUUUGAGUUUAGGGACGGAGGGAACUUAAUAAAACACAUGAAUAAAAAUGCCAGAAUUCUCAAAACGGCAUUUUUAAAAAAAAAAAUCAUAUGCAAGUUUAAUUGUGAAAAACAACUCUGUUAAAGUGGAGGGAAGGUCAUACUUUUUAAAAUUUCAAUCAUGCAGUCACUUUUCUUGUUUUGGCAAAGUAAAAGGAAAGGACGUUUUUUAAGAAUAUUUAACUGAUCUCUUGUAACAACUUUUUUUACUUUGUGUAAUGAUCCAUACAUCCAUGUUUUAUCUGUUUCACUCGUAAGUGAUACUGUAUACGUAUUUACUGUUGCUCAGGAAUUGAUACAAUUCAUUUUGAUAUCAUCAUUGUUAUUAUUGUUGUUUUUUGAUAUAUUGUCUCACUAUGAGUUUAACGUUCCCUUCAUGUUAUGUCAUGUCAUGUUGAGUUUUGUGUGACUUUUAUAACUUUCCUGCCUCUUCCUGUGUUGUUUGUUAUGUUUUUAUCAUUUUCCUUUUUAAGGAUUUAUUCAAAUCAUGUGAAAAUAAAAUCUAAUAAAAUA